CUGGGUGCCCAACCCUAAUGGGAAGUUCUCUAUCAAAUCUGCCUACAAUUUACAGUUACAGGAUGAGCUAUGCCACCCUAAGGCUUCCCUGUUGAAGAAAAUGUGGAGUUUAACUCUGCCUCCCAAAGUCAAGCUUUUUUCUUGGUUACUCAUUCGGAAAAGAUUGCAAUUUGCAGUUAAUAUUUGGAGGUGCAUGUCUAUCUUCCCCAAUAUUGCUCAACAAAACUUUGAUGGCAUCGAGUGGUUGGCUUUGUUACCUCAUAAGGUCGCAGAUGGUCCGUGUUCUUUCAAAAGCUCUUCUUCUCAGUUGGCAGAUUUGGGAAGCCAGGAACAAUUGUAUUUUUAAAGAUAUUGCCCCCCACCCGGUAAGAGCCCUUAAUGUGGCUGGUCACAUUGGAUUGGACAAUUGGAAAAUCAACUCUCGCCCUCCUCAGAAUCCUAAUGGUGUGCUUGCCAUCAACUGGAAGUCUCCACCUCUUGACUGGAUUAAAGUGAAUUUUGAUGGCUUGGUGUGUGGUAACUUGGCUGCUUCUGGUUUUGUGAUCCCUGACUGGAAUGGUAAUGUUAGAUUAGCUGGAGCUAAACACUCGGGUCAGGUGUCUAUUAUAGUUGUGGAGUGUUUGGCUCUUCUGGACGGCCUGGCCCAUGCUCUCCAUAAUGGUUGGCAGAAGAUUUUUGUGGAAGGAGACUCCAAACUCAUCAUUGACUGUGUCAACAAUGUGGUAUCGGUUCCUUGGAAUAUUAGUCUCCAUGUGCAAGAUAUUAGGAUGCUAAGCACUUACUGCGAAGAGGUUUCUUUCCAGCACAUCUUUCGGGAAGCUAAUUUUACUGUUGAUGUUAUUGCUAGUUUAGGCCAUAAUCUUAAUCCUUCCUAUCUGUGGGAACAAGGUCUUCCUUUGUGUUGAUCUAUUCCUUUUAUUUUGACUUGUUGGGACCUACAUGCCCGUGUGGUUUCCAGUUGUAAUUUUUCUUUUU